AUUAUUCCCGAGUCGGAUCUUCAAAGAGGAAACAAUGUAACCUGGUAACACACGAAUGCAGACAGGCUGGAGUUGAGAAGAUCCUAGAGCAGCACUAAGGUGGGCCGAAGUCACGUGAAAGCACAGAGCUGCCCCACACACACAGACACACACACACACACACAUUGCAGUCAUGCUGGAGGAGGACAUGGAAGUGGCCAUCAAGGUGGUGGUGGUGGGGAACGGAGCAGUCGGGAAGUCCAGUAUGAUCCAGCGAUACUGCAAGGGCAUCUUCACGAAGGACUACAAAAAGACCAUCGGGGUUGACUUUCUGGAAAGACAGAUCAUAGUUAAUGGCGAGGACGUCAGGCUGAUGUUGUGGGACACGGCGGGACAGGAGGAGUUUGAUGCCAUCACUAAGGCCUAUUACAGAGGCGCUCAGGCCUGUGUGCUGGUCUUCUCCACCUCCGACAGAGAGUCCUUCGAGGCCAUCAGCAGCUGGAGGGAGAAGGUGGAGACGGAGGUCGGGGACAUACCCACCGUCCUGGUGCAGAACAAGAUCGAUCUGCUGGACGACACAGUUAUCAAAAAUGAAGAGGCUGAAGGUCUCGCUAAAAAGCUGAAGUUGAGAUUCUAUCGGACGUCAGUGAAAGAGGAUCUCAACGUCAGUGAAGUUUUUAAGUAUCUAGCUGACAAAUAUCUGCAACGGCUCAAGCAGCAGUCGGCAGAAGAGACCGAGGUUGUUCAUUCAUCCAGCAAUAAAAUAGGUGUUUUCAACACUAGCGGCGGCAGUCAUCCCAACCAGACCGCCGGCGAUCUGAGCGGCCGUGAGGUCAUAAACCUGCGCCCAAACAAGCAGAGGACCAAGAAAACCAAAAAGCCCUUCGGUAGCUGCAGACUGCUCUGAUUCACGUGUGCCUGGCAGGGAACCGGACGCUUCAUUAGCGCUAAUUAGAGUUGAAGAGAAGAAGGUGUGCAAUCCAGAGCAGAUCUGUCAUGAUCAGUACAUCAUGGGCUUCUGCUGACGGACACUGCUAGUGUUUCUGCCAUUAGUGGCAUCACAGAAUCAGUAAAUUGGAGGUCUGUUGAGCUAUUUUUGUAUUGUGUAUUGAUGAGUAGGCCUAAAUCUUUUGGACACUGCCCUUCCUCACAUUUGAACAAUAGUUGUGACUCAAAAUUUAGAUGAAUCAAAUAUAUUUUCUCACAGUCAAA